AUGGCGACGCAGGAGAUGGUGGUCGUGAGCCAGCAGUCCAUGCAAGUCGCGACCGCGCCCACGGCACCCGUCAAGACAAAGGCAGGCAAAGUGCCGCCAUGGAAACAGCGCAAGCAGAAGAAGCUGCUGCCUGCGUCGGCCGUGACAGAAAGCAGCACGACCAUGCAGAGUACGGAAACGAAAUCGUCCCAGGCAAAGAAAAACAAGAAGCCGAAAAAGGCGAAAGGAGAGGCUGCAGAGGCCACCGCCGGGCUUGAGAAUGGGGUCGAGCUGUCCCAAGUUUUGCAGGUUACAGAGACGAUAGAAUCCAAGAUGGAAAAUGACGCCCUCGUUCAGGACAAAGUCACCGUGCCCAGCCCCGAGUCCGGCGGCGUCCCGGAGCCCACCAAGGCCUACCUCCGCUGCGCCUCGCUCGCCCCGUCCCGCCUCGCCCGCCCGCGACGCAUCCUCAUCGUCAUGGACCUCAACGGGACACUGCUGCACCGGCCCAACAAGCGGCGGCCCUCCGUCUUCGUCGACCGGCCGCACGCGCGCGUCUUCAUGGAGUACCUGCUCACCCACUUUGCCGUGGCCGUGUGGUCCUCGGCGCGGCCCGAAAACGUGCACCUCAUGCUGGCUAGUCUGCUGACGCCCGCGCAGCGCGCGCGCUGCGCCGUCGUCUGGGGCCGCGACCACUUCGGCCUCUCGCGCGCCGACUACAACUCGCGCGUGCAGUGCUACAAGCGGCUCGCCCGCGUCUGGGCCGACCCCGGCGUCAUGGCCGCGCACCCGGACGCGCGGCGCGGCGGCUGCUGGGACCAGAGCAACACGGUCCUCGUCGACGACUCGGCGGAAAAGGCCCGCAGCGAGCCGCAUAACUUGCUGAGGAUACCAGAGUAUGCCGGGCGGUCGGCGGCGGAGGACUGCCUCUUUGUGCUACCACAAGUGCACGACUACAUCAACGAGCUCGCGCACCAGGCGGACAUUAGCCGGUUCAUACGGGAGACGCCGUUUCAGCUGGAUCCGAGCUACACGUUGUGA